UGCGACUAUAAGCCGUCGGUGCUCCGAAGCCGUUAUACCUAGCUUUGCUCACCCAUCUCCGUUCUUCAACAUCCCGUUUCCUUCCUCCUCAAGUUUCUUUUUGUUUCUCGUCUCGAGACGCUACGGAUUACUUGCCGACAACACCCGAUCACGGUACUACCCCUAAUCUCCUCCGGAGCAGUACUCCGUAAUCCGACCGGUCGCCGCUGGAAACCGAGCCGACAACACGGGUCCACUUAAGCAUCAGAUAUCCCGUACCUACCUUAGUGUAUGCUGCAAGUUCCGCUUCCGUUGAGAGGAUAAAGUGAGAGUCGCGAAAAUGGUGCAGCAAUGUACACAACGGUUCCCGCCUUCUCCUAUCACACCAGCCGAGAGCGACUCAUCGCUCGCCAUUGAAUCUCUCAAUCUCCAAACGGAUAUCACCGCCUGCGACAAGAAGCUCGCCGUUGAAGGACGCGUCUCCCGCGCUGUCCAUGUUCUCGCGACCGAGACCAGCGCCCUGCAGAACCUGACUCAGCUCUACGCCUCCGACCGUUUCGCCCGCGAUGAGUUUAACCGCGCCAUCGAAACGCUCACCCGCCGCCAGGCCAGCGGCGGAAAGUUGGUUCUCAUCGGGGUGGGCAAGUCAGGGCACAUUGCGAAGAAGCUCGUGGCAACCUUCAACAGCCUCGCCAUCCAAGCCGUCUUCCUGCACCCGACCGAGGCGCUGCACGGCGACCUGGGCCAGAUCUCGCAGCGCGACACCUUGCUGCUCAUAACCUUCUCCGGCAAGACCCCAGAGCUGCUCACGCUCCUCCCGCACCUCGACAGGUCUCUCCCCCUGAUCCUCAUCACAUCUCACACGUGCCCGGAGACAUGUGAACUGGUCCGCCACAGACCAGAUACGAUCCUCCUCCCGGCGCCGGUACACGAAGAGGAGACAACCUCCUUCGGCGUUCCCGCGCCGACCACAUCCACCACCGUGGCGCUCGCAGUCGGGGACGCCCUCGCCAUCGUCGCCUCGCACGAGAUGCACUCCUGUGUUGCGUCGGUCUUCGCGCGCAAUCACCCGGGCGGCGCGAUCGGUGCUGCUCUCCGCGGGACGAAACCAAGGGAGGACGUCCGCUCCGUGAUGGUCUGCUUGGAGGACAUCAGCUCGCUCCAACACCACACUCGUGGAAAUCCAACAGGCCUGGACGUUCUCCGCGCGGGGUAUGCGAGUCCCUCCGGCUGGGUGAAGCUGGUGCCCGACGAGGACGGCCACAGCGGGAGUGUGAGUGGGAGGGAGACUGGCGGCGUCAUCGCGCCGAGGCGGAUCAGGCGGAUGGACGCUGAGGAUAUGAGUCGGCCACUGGACGAGCUGAAGAAGUGGCUGGUUGCGCCGAGGAGCGGCUUCAUCCCUGUCGCGGCGGACACCAGCGUGCAGCGGGCGGCGGAGUGGAUCAGGGGGUUGAGGACUGCCACUACCACUAUCGCUGGGGAAGAGAGCGAGGAUCAUGAAGGGGGCGCGUACGGCGACGAGGCGAUUGUCGCGGUCAUGGAGAGGGGUGAGUGCAUCGGCUUGUUGGAGGUUGGACGGCUGCUGGAAGAAGCAUGAUCAGAGAGGAGUUUGGAUAUGAGCACCUCGGUACCUACUUAGAGCGGCUUGGGAGGCAUUUUGUCGCAUUUGGCAUGGCAUUGGAUCUGGGUGGCGUUUUUGGCAUGGCACAGGGGAAAAGGGAUACAAAGGAUAUUUUGUUUAUGAUCGGAUCUUUUCUUUUCCAGGACGGCAGUCGGCAUGUCUCACGACU